GUCAUUGACAUGAUUCACUUACAAAGGUAUUUGAGCGGAAAUAUAAACACGCUGAAUUAGACAAACACUUCCUACGAACCAUGACGAAUCUUAAUCAUCCAAUAUAAAUGACAUAUUUGCUUUCAAAAUCGCGCUCGGUCAGCUAAUACAGACUCUUCGGUUUAAAUGACUAGUGUGAUGGUUCCAACGGACGGACGUGAAAUGUCGGAGGAAAAUUGCCAUACGGGAAAUGAUGUUCUCAAAGGUGACCACGUAAAGCUUGAAGUGGACGAUGUCGAACUAGGAUCUCGCAAGACAUCUGCCCGAUGGAAACUUCAACACAAACGACAAGUAUUAAAUCAGAAAAUAUUCAAGCAGACAAAAUUACGAGAUGGUGCUGAAAAUUUGAUGAAAGCUCUCAGGAUAACAAAUGAUCGCAAAACAAAGCUUGCUGCCAAAACAGAGUUGAGUUUUGCUAAUUCCCAGUUGGACUUGUUGAAAGAAGAACUGGAAGGAAUCAACAGCACGUUGGAUGUUUAUCAGUUUGACAGAUCUGUAGAGCACCAGAUUCCUUUGAUUGCUGUUGGUCUCAGGGAAACAAAAGAACUCGAUUUUAAAUCACAGUUUAAGGAUUUCAUUUUGGAUCACUAUAGUGAAACUCCGGAAAAUUUUGAGGGGGAGCUUGAGUUAUUUGAGAAUCUAAGAAAGGAAGCUGUGAACAAAGCUAACAGAGAUGAAAAUGGCAUUCAUUCUUUGUUCAAGUACUACAACCAACUCUAUUUUGUGGAAAAGAAAUUCUUUCCCAAUGGGAAGCACUAUACAGUGUCAGUUUAUUUUCACUGGUUUGAUACCACAACUGGUUUACCAAAAAUACAAAGAUCUGUUGCAUUUGAAAAGGCCAGUGUGCUUUUCAACAUUGCUGCCAUCUGGAGUCAAAUUGGUGCAAAGCAAGACAGAAGAACAGAGGCAGGACUCAAAGAGGCAAUUGAUGCUUUUCAGAAAGCUGCAGGUGUAUUUAAAUUUAUCAAAGACAGUUUUAUCAACUCACCAAGUGCUGACCUAACACCAGAAGUGAUGAACAUGUUGAUGGCUGUCAUGCUGGCUCAGGCACAAGUGUGUAUAUGGGAAGAACUAAUUCUUGGUGGAAUUAAAGAUAACUUGUCUGACAAGAUAGUUGCUGCUCAGGAAUGUGCCCAGGUUAGUCAGAGUUACAAAAAGGUUCGGAUCCUGAUGAAUUCUGGAAUCUGCUUGAGUUGUGUUCCAAUUUCCUGGAGAAACAUGAUGUCUAUAAUGUGUCUUCACUAUGAAGCUCUCUCACAUUACUAUGUUGCUGAGGGAAUACUUAAAAGUGUGGAGAAUCAGAGUGUCACUAAGAAGGACGAAGUUAUUCUUUCAUCGUUAGGCACAUCUCAGGCUAACAGCAAUGAAAACAAGAAAAAGCAUGCCAAAGCUCAUCUCCAUUCUGCACUUAAAUCACAUGAGGAAGCCAUGAAAACUAGGCAGAUCUGUCGCCACUGUAGAAAAAUAGCAGGUCUACAAAAGGCUCUUCAAGAUGCACGGAUCAAAACCACAGAAACGUUAGUUGCUAUGGAAGAAGAAGAUGACUUUGAUGACCCCCUAACACCAAUCCCUGUUAAAGCUUUAGCAAAAUAUAAUGCAGCAAGUAUUGCUCCUAAUUUUAGCCAAGCAUCUGUGGAAGACUUGUUUCAUAGGCUGGGUCCUGUGCAUGUGUUUAAUGCUAAUUUAGAGUGGAGUGCACCAAAAAGUGUUGAACUAAAGAAAACUGAUAAAGGAUAUGGCUUCAGUGUGAUUGGCUCUGCUCCAGUUAUUAUUCAGAGUGUAGAGGAGCAAGGACCUGCUAAGGAUGCUGGAAUUCAAGCAGGAGACAUAAUCACAGCUGUAAAUCUGACUGACUGUAAAUGGGGUGAUCAUUCUUCUGUUGUGUCCUUAAUUCGUAAUACGGAGACUUGUGUCACACUUGAGACUGUAACACCCUCCUCUCUGCAGCACAUUGCUUCAUUGUACAAUGUCAAGCUAACAAGGGAUGAUCAAGUGGUAACCAGUGACUAUAGUGGCUCCAUAGGUAGUCACAGCUCAGGAUCUUCCAGAAACAGUACGCUCAAUGGGUUAAGCUCUCAAGAAAGCAGUAGCCCUCCUGGAUCAACAAGAUCUGAUACUCCUGUUCGACACAGUGUGCUACUGGACAUGGGCAAUGAGUCAAUUUUGUGGUAGUUGACUGGAAAUAAAACCAACUGGCAAUACUGUGGCACAUGCCCUUUGCUUCAGCUCAGAAAGUGCAAUCAUCUGAGCCUGAUUUCAAUCAUUCUAGAGCAAGUGCUUUUCAACUGAAUGUUGUAAGACCAAAAUAAAAACCAAAACUGAAGUAAUCUUAACAGCCAAUCAGAACAAAGAAAAAUAUCACAAGAAGCUACUGAGAACUCAGAGGGAAAACAAGGAAGCUCCUUUUCGAAAGUAAUUCAGAAUACAAAGUGGCCACUUGUUGUAGUUUUGCAUCUGAUUGGCUGAGGGUGGCAUGUUUUCUAGACCAAUCAUAGAGGGUAGUGGAACAAAAGCAAUGUGAUCUGGGAUUUUCUUCAACAUUCAAUUGAAAUUUACUCUGACAUGAAUUUUCAUAGUGUAUAGUGACUGUUUAGUAACAGUGUGAUUAUUUUUCUAAAAUGUGCUUCAACAUGUAUGCAAUGGGGGUUGGGAAGCAAGUCAGUGGUGAAAUGCUUCAAGUAUUGGACUCCUAUGUCUGGGGUCAGGUGUGAUUGCUGGAAUUGUCAUUAUCAAUGGGCUAACUAUGUGCUUGAUCCUGGCCCAUGCUUUGAGUUUUUCUUUGAGGGAGCUCACCAAUUUUUCCUAUCUACGAGAGAAAUCCUCAAAAUCCAAUUUGAUCAGAAAUGGUGGAUAAAGAGCCAAAGGCAAAAAACGCUGCUAUUUAAUCUGGUUAUUUUAUUAUAUAUUAUUUAUUUAUCUUGUUAAUGUGGGAUAUCAAACAAUUCAACUAAUUAGUGAGGGAAAUAAGCUGGACAGUGGCUUGUUAAAGACCAGGCUUGGCCUCUGAGGACAUUUAUAGAUUUCAUGUAGUGUGUCUUUAAUUGUGGGGCAAAGGUUUAGGUUGACUAGGAGGGAAGACACAAGGUUAGCACAUGACAGCAUGGACACUCCUUUUUGUCCAUACCAUCCUUAUGUUCUUCUUCAUGGAAUUGGUGCUCAUUUGACAUUAAUGGAAAAAUCUUACAACAUGUAGUCUUUGUCGAAGCCCACAUCUAUGAAGGAAGGGUCUUCUUCAGAACUCUUUCUUUGUCUGGUUGGUUUUUUUGCUUCUUUGCUUUGCUAUCAUAGUUAUUUUUGGAAAAAAUUAUUUUAUAAAUCAUAUUGUUUUCAACAAACAUAAGAUAAGUCAUUUAACAAGAAUUGCUCUCUUUUUGAAGGAUAUUAUUUGAAAUUGGUUUGCUUCAAUCGUGGAUUGCAAAAUAAAUAUUUUGUCUUUGUUAAAAUAUAGAUAUUUAUCACAGAUAAUCUAUAAUAUUUUUAUAUAAAACUUGUAUUAAUCGUGAAGUGUUAAAACAUUAUGAACGUAAAUAAAUAUUCUUGGUCCAAAGGAAUUUAACAGUUAACUGUAUUGAGCCAAUAUUUACGAAGAUUCAGUAAUUAUUCAUUCUCUUUUCCUUGGUGUUUGCUUCUCUCAACCUUCGUUGACAAGAGAGAGAGUCCUGAGGCUUCUUUGGCAUAAAGAUAAGUAAAACUCAAAUGUUACAAGCCUGGCACUCAAAUAUAUUCUGUUUGUCCCAGGUUUUCAGGGUCUUGCAUUGUUUGUUUAAAAAUGUCAAGCAACUCAUAAAUUAUGUAGUGGUGUUCUUUUUUUGAAAUACCUUAACUUGGUUUCUAUAAAAUUGCCAUGUUCUCCCCUUUAGCUAAAAGAUUUGGAUCUCCAGCUUAUGUUUGCGAUCAUAAUUACAAUCAAUGAAUUGAAAAUAUCAAGUGUGGAUAAAGUUAGGCUAUUACAUGGACAUUCAAUGGAGAGUAAUUUUUUUUUUUUAUAAAAAUCCUGUUGCCAACACUUAAAAAACACAUUUGUGUCUCUGCUGAUACAAAAAAAAUGGAGUAUCUUGCACAAGUUUCAGAAAUUAGACCUGGAUAAAGUAGUUGAUAUUAAUUUCUUGGCCUGUUCAUAUGAAGUAUUUAAUUCAAAGAAUUAUGGAUUUUAAAAUCUGAAAGGGGUGAAGUUUUUUUUUUAAUAUACCCUUGAAAACAAAGCUAUGAAUGAGAGAUCUGCCAGAUACACAGAGUGUAAAUGAAACAAUUUGCACAACAGGAGUUAUCUUCAAGUAGCUUUUAGAGGCAUCUUGGAAUAUGAAAGUCAUUAAGACCACAGGCCAUGUAAACAAAAUGCUAUGCAAUUUAGAUUGACCAUAUAGAUAAAACUGAAGGAGUCUUCUUUAUUCAAUAUAUUUCAAAAAAUGCGCAAGUUCUUCAGAAAUAUAUUUGAAAGGAAAUUUUCAUGAGGAGUUGAACUAUUUGUACAUAUUGAUUGUUCCUUUCUUUUGAUCCAUUAAAGGGCAACAAAUAGAUGCAAUCACUAUAACUGAGAAAAAUGUUUGCUUUAUUAUGUAAAACAAAUAGAUUCCAAGUAGUGUUUCUUUUCAGUAACAGAUCAGAGAAGACAUCAAAAUGUGGUGAGAACAUCAGUAACACAUGGCUGUGCCUUAUGUACAACUUUUUUGUUUUUAUCACAUUUUCACAUCAUCUGUGAUCUAUUACUGAACACAUGCUCAGCAACAUGGAAUCAGUUUGUUAAAUUUACAGCUUUAUUCAUACUAACUAACUCAAAGAGUUGUAAAACAUGAUCACCAAUAGUAGAGAGUAUAUAGCUUUGAACAAAGAUAA